AAUCCAGACAUUUCACUCUCCUCGUCCUGGCGGGUCUGCUGUGGCCGGUCUGGGAGGGUUGAGCCCUGGUCUAGCCCUGAGUGGACAGCGAGCCUCUCACCAUGACAGGCUGCUGCAGCUGGAAUGAUGUUUUCCAGUAUGAGACAGACAAAAUCAUCCGGAUCCAAAGCAAGACUUAUGGCACCAUUAAAUGGUUCUUCCACGUGGUGCUCUUUUCUUACAUUGGUGAGCUCAGGCGCUGUGCGGCUGAAGUCUGGCUUUGCUGUUCCUUCCUGUGGCACGUUGAGGACUCUCUCACCAUGGGUGCAUGCAGCCAAACCCCACUGCGAUGCCAGUACAUGUCCGUGAAAGUCCUUCUCAUUGAGAAUUCGUGGAUUGGGUUUCUGAAAAACAUCUUUAUAGUGUGCAUCGUGGUCUACAACUGCUUUGCUUUGGUGAGUGACAAGCGGUACCAACGGAAAGAGCCUGUCAUCAGUUCUGUGCACAGCAAGAUAAAAGGGAUAGCAGAGGUGAAAAGGGAGAUUAUGGAGAACGGGCAGAAGAAGGUUGUGUGGAAUGUCUUUGACAUGGCGGAUUACACCUUCCCCUUGCAGGGGAACUCCUUCUUUGUGAUGACAAACUUUCUCAAGACAGAAGGCCAAGAGCAAGGGUUGUGUCCUGAGUACCCCACCCGCAGGACGCUCUGUUCCUCUGAUCGGGGUUGUAAAAAGGGAUGGCUGGGCCCGCUGAGCAAAGGCAUCCAGACCGGCAGAUGUAUAGAUUAUAACAAGAAGCAGAAGACCUGUGAAGUCUUCGCCUGGUGUCCUGUCGAGGCAGCGGAAAAGGCUCCGGAGCCUGCGCUCUUGGUCAGUGCUGAAAACUUUACUGUCCUCAUCAAGAAUAAUAUCGACUUCCCUGGCCACAAUUACACCACGAGAAACAUCUUGCCGGAUUUAAACAGCACUUGCACCUUUCACAAGACUCGGGAUCCACAGUGUCCCAUUUUCCGACUAGGAGAUAUCUUCCAAGAAACAGGAGAUAAUUUUUCAGAAAUGGCAAUUCAGGGAGGAAUCAUGGGCAUUGAGAUCUACUGGGACUGCAACCUGGACAGAUGGUUCCAUCACUGCCGUCCAAAAUACAGUUUCCGUCGCCUUGACGACAAGACGGCCAAGGAGUCCUUGUAUCCUGGCUACAACUUCAGAUUUGCCAAGUACUAUAAAGAAAAUAACACUGAAAAGCGGACCCUGAUAAAAGCUUACGGGAUCCGUUUUGACAUCCUGGUUUUCGGCACCGGGGGAAAAUUUGACAUCAUCCAGCUGAUCGUGUAUAUUGGUUCAACCCUCUCCUACUUUGGUUUGGCCACUGUGUUCGUUGACAUGCUCAUCAACACUUAUUCAAGUAAAUACUGUCGAUCGCAUGUUUAUCCCUGGUGCAAGUGCUGUCAAUUCUGCGCAGUCAAUGAAUACUACUACAAGAAGAAGUAUGAAUCCAUUGUGGAGCCAACACAGACAUUAAAAUAUGUGUCCUUUGUGGAUGAACCCUAUAUUAGGAUGGUAAAUGAAAGACUACUUGGGAGAAGUCUGCAAGAUGUCAAAGGUGAAAAAGUUCAGAGAUCCCAGCUGGACUUUUCAGACUUGUCCCGGCUGCCUCUGUCUCUUCAUGACCCACCCCCCAUUCCCGGACAACCAGAGGAGAUCCAGCUGCUUGGUGAAGAGGCGCGCCUUAAAUCCAGGGACUGCCCGGAUUGGUGCCAGUGCGGAAGCUGCCUUCCAUCCCAACUCCCUGAGAACCAGAGACGCCUGGAGGAGCUGUGCUGCCGGAAAAAGCUGGGUGCCUGUAUCACCACCUCAGAGCUAUUCAGGGACCUCGUGCUGUCCAGGCGGGCCCUGCAGUUCCUCCUGCAGUACCAGGAGCCCCUGCUGGUGCUGGAUGCAGAUUCUGCCAACAGCCGGCUGCGGCACUGCGCCUACAGGAGCUACACCACCUGGCGCUUUGGCUCCCAGGACCUGGCUGACUUCGCCAUCCUGCCCAGCUGCUGCCGCUGGAGGAUCCGGAGGGAGUUCCCCAAGAGUGAAGGCCAGUACAGUGGCUUCAAGAGUCCUUACUGAUGCACUGAGCAGUCACAGAAUAUUGCCUUUGCUUGCACCUUGAGCUUCACCUGCAAGGAUGUGUGUCCAGAUUUUUAGCCAAAGGGAAAUGGGCUUUCCUCUCCCCCAGCUCUAUGUGUGUCAGAGAGCAAAGUGACAGGGUAAACAAACAACAGAUAAACCAGAAUCCCUCAGCAUGGACUGAGGGUCAAGAGAUUCAGAUUCAUUUCUCCAUUCUGUCCCUAGGUGGUUGAGAUCCUAGGCCUUUAACCUCUGUACCUUAGUUGCCUUAUUAGCCAACCUACUGUUUCACAAUUAGGAGAGCAAAUUGAGGCAGUGUACACAAAUUUUCUUAUUAAUGCAUAAAAGCUACAUGAAUAUGGGCUUCCCUGGUGGUCAAGUGGUUAAGAAUCCACCUGCCAAAGCAGGGGAUAUGGGUUCAAUCCCUGAUCCAGGAACACCCCGCAUGCUGCAGAGCAGCUAAGCCCAUG